CUCGAAUAAUCAUCUCGGGUUUUGGAGAUGAUCUGGACGAUGGUGGUUCUGUCAAUAUGCGUGUGUUAAGGAGUCGUGUUUGUGGAGGUGGAGUUGAUGAACGGACGCGACUGCUCUGGCAUGGGUGAACCCCACCAUCGUUCCUGCCCCGCGAUUGUCAAGCUUCAAUUCUCCGUAAACAUUAGGGUCUGGUAACAACAAAACCUUCAACAACCUUGACUGUAGAACAUCCACCAUGUCGCACAGUCACUCACACGAUGGCCCAUCGCACUCGCACGCUGCGGCAGAUCAUGGACACACCCACGAGAUCCUGGAUGGACCUGGUAGCUUUAUCAGGCGCGAGAUGCCUAUCAUCGAGGGCAGAGAUUGGGAAGAUCGAGCAUUCACAGUAGGCAUUGGAGGGCCUGUAGGCUCAGGAAAGACCGCCCUUAUGUUAGCUCUCUGCAAAGCACUUCGACAACGCUUUGGCAUUGCAGCAGUGACCAACGAUAUUUUCACAAGAGAAGAUGGCGAGUUUUUGACCAGACACAAGGCACUUCCAGCUGAACGCAUCGUCGCCGUCGAGACAGGAGGCUGCCCCCAUGCUGCCGUCCGCGAAGACAUCUCAGUCAAUCUCCUGACCCUCACAAACCUCCACCACAAGUUCAACACCGACCUCCUCCUUAUUGAAUCCGGUGGCGACAACCUCGCAGCCAACUACUCUCGCGAACUCGCCGACUUCAUCAUCUACAUCAUCGAUGUAUCCGGUGGUGACAAGAUCCCUCGCAAGGGCGGACCUGGAAUCACGCAGUCGGAUCUGCUGGUUGUCAACAAGAUCGAUCUUGCCGAGGCGGUAGGCGCUGAUUUGAAUGUCAUGGAGCGCGACAGCAGGAGAAUGCGAGAGGGUGGACCAACAAUCUUUGCCGUGGUGAAGAAGGACCAGGGUGUUGAUGCUAUCGUUGAUUUGAUCUUGUCGGCUUGGAAGGCAUCAGGAGCUACACAGGCGCGAAAGAGCAAGUUCGAGCCGACGUUGAUGGAUGAGAAUGAGGAGGGUAAGGAGAGGAGCUACAGUAUGUCCUGAGAUGCUAUUGUCUCCUGGGCUGAGGUCGAAGUGCCACUAUACUGUCGGUUCUCUGCAUUCCAUGUGUUUCCUUGCCGCUGUACUAGACCAUGCACCACUAUAGUUGGAUGCUGCUGAUUGUCUUUGAGCUGCUGCAGGCCGUCAAUGAGUAAGAGCUGCGUAUCUGGCGGUAACAGUCUUCUUUUAGCGAAUUUCGGCUAUUUACAACUCUUGUGACCUUAGCGGCGGUGCAGCCGUCGAUGGCAUUAAAACACUUGUUUAGGGCUAUAACUAUGGUGACUUGGUUAC